UAGGGUCUCACACUACAGCCCAGGCUGCGCCAGAAUUCGUGACAAUUCUUCUGCCUCAGUCUCCCAAGUUCUGGGAUUAUAUGUGUGAGCUGCUCUGCGUGGUCUGAAGAACUGGAUUUUAAGAUUUAAGGAGCUCAGAUUUAAAUAUUAGCCUACAGAUGGUGUAGGUAAAGACAACUCCUAGCCCCAACGCCCACCCGAAUCCCUACCAGAACACCACCUAACUCCCUUGAACCACAGGGCUGGGGGCCACAUUCCUGGAGGUUUCAGGGACCUGUUUCUAAUUGUCGCGUCCGUGAAUACAGAGCCCGUGGGCUUCUACCCCUGAUCUCGCCCUGCGCCACCAGAGGCCGCUGCGUACCAGUUGCGCUCAUCCUCCCCGCAGAGCGCCCCACGCUGUCUCGAAGGAGGCAGCGGUACCCGCAAGGGUUGAAGCAGCAGGGACGACUCCCAAGACAAGCGGCUGCGCGCUCGCCAGUCUGAAGGCCGCAAGCUCUGGAGGACCCGGCUGACCUCUCCCUCCUCUCAGGGCUGGUGGGUCCAGGCCCGGAGCAUCCCGGUGCUCAGAGCCGAGUUCACUGGGAUGCCGGCUUAGCCAUUGCCCUGUUCUCCUGGGGCACAGCAACUUGAUAACGACUGAUCGAUCACAGACGGAGCUCGGGACCAGACAACACCCGACCUGGCAACUCCGGGGAAGAGCCCGCCUCUGUGAGUCUCGAUCACAAGCUCAGAGGCAUCAAAGACCUCAGGCCAGAAGGUUGAACCAGGACCACUGCUCUGGAGCAGGUGGAAUGAGUCUGAGACCAGCAGAUGCACAGACAGAAGCCUAAAGACUCCAGGAACGGCCCUGCCUUCCUGUCCCCUGGUCCUUCUGUAUCACUCGUCGCCUCCCACAGUGGCAUCUUUUCUAGCUGCAAGCUGCCUGGGGACAAGGAUGAGUGAGCGGACCACGAGCAACUGGAGCCCAGGCAGCUGGGUGCUAGCGCUGUGCCUGGCCUGGCUGUGGACACGGCUGGCCUCUGCUUCCUUGCAGCCUCCCACAGCCACAGUCCUGGUAAAGCAGGGCACCUGUGAGGUGAUCUCUGCGCAUCGCUGCUGCAACCGGAACCGCAUCGAGGAGCGCUCCCAGACUGUCAAGUGUGCCUGCCUCUCUGGCCAGGUGGCGGGCACUACAAGGGCAAAGCCCUCUUGCGUGGAUGCUGCCAUCGUCUUGCAGAAGUGGUGGUGUCAGAUGGAGCCCUGCCUGCUGGGGGAGGAGUGCAAGGUGCUCCCGGACCUGUCAGGGUGGAGCUGCAGCAGUGGACACAAGGUCAAAACCACCAAGACCCAGUAACCACUCUGCCUGCCACCUCUGCCGCGGACUGUCCCCUGUCACUUACACUGCUCUUACGGCCAUUAACUCCCCGUAGUUCCUACCUGCCCUCCUCUGGUCAAAUUGAUCUGUCCUCAGUGACAGCAGCCAAGAAGAUUAUUAUCACCAUGGCUCGCUGCCUGCCCCACAAAACAGGGGGGCAAUUAAAAUUUAAUCAAACUCUUUAGCAGUUCCAUGUGUGCCUUGGCUAAUUAGUUGCAUGUCGUUGUCAUCGUCGUCUGUGCAAAUGAGUGACAGGCCAAGGCAGUGUCUCUGACCCUGUCCCCAUCGUGCACAGCAAGAAGGUUAACAAACAGAAGCAAAAACAGGUUCUAGGAUUCUGAGAGGGGGGGGGGGGUAUCAUAGCACACGUAGCUAGCUACAGCAAGAGACAGUUUGGGGGCUGGAGAGAUGGCUCAGUGGUUAGGAACACUCUUGCAGAGGACCAAAGUUAAUUCCUUGUACCCUCACGGCAGCUCACAACUAUCUAUAACUCAGUCCUAAAGGAUCCGAUACCCUUAUGUGGCCUCCCUAGGCACCAGGCACACAUGUGGUGCACAGACAUUCAUUCAGAUACAACACCCAUAUGCACAAAACUUAAAAAAAAAAAGGAAGGGGGCUGGAGAGCUGACCCAGUGGUUAAGAGAAUUGGCUGGUCUUCCAUAGUUCCUGAGUUCAAUUCCCAGCAACCACAUGGUGACUCACAACCAUCUAUAAAGUUGGAUCUGAAGCCCUCUACUGACAUAAAGUCAUAUAAGCAGGCAGAGCACUGGCAUACAAUAAAAUUUUUUUUAAUUAAAAAGAAAGAAAGAAAGAAAGAAAGAAAGAAAGAAGGAAAGAGAGAGAGAGAGAGAAAGAAAGAAAAGAAGAGGGUUUGGCUGAUUAGAAGACUGGAAAGCCUGUCUAUAGGCAGCAAAGGGAGACAGACAUUCUGAGAUGCUUAUCAAGACUUGCAAAGUGGGACCCAUCACAGAGCUUGGGACAUUUGCCAUACUGUUACAGGGUAGGGUUUGUGGCCUAAAAGGUAGAUCACAACCUUUGCAAUUUGUGUAGUGACUCAGAAGCAAACAGUGGUGACACUUGUCUGAGUGACGUCAGCGUGGACCACCAGGCCACCGUGUCCAGCUUGGAUGGCUUUAGGAGACCAGCAGCAGUGACCUCUAAGUGAUUUGCAUGACCCAGUGCUCUCUGGUAUGCUACAAAGGCUGACUCUCUGUUGAUUUCUCUAACCUUCUAACCACUUGCUUUCUAGGUCACACGAUAACCCUCGGGGUCUUGGCUUAGAUAGGACAGUCUGGAUUGUCUUGAUUGUCUGGAUUGAAGAAUGACUUCUGGUCACACCAGCCAGCAGAUGUGAGGACUCAUUUACCCAGACAUGUAGUCCCAUGUGCCCCAUGUCAAAUGCAACAUCAGACUGGCAAGUUAGUCUGCUGCUUAGCAGAAAUGCUUGUAUCUUCGGUACAUACUUAAGAUAUGUGCUCUCUUAUGAACAAAGGCGUAAUCCUGUCCUUAAGGAAUAUCUUGUCAAGUUAGGGAGUGGAUGACAGACAUCAAACAGUUUAAAGUGUGUGGUACCAUGGCCUCUGAGCUACCUGCCAUGGGUGUGGUGGGGAUGGGUGGAUGAGAGUCUCAUUGAUCUUUGACUGUCUCCUGAUCACAAGACACAAAGUCAUGAAGUCCUGCACCCCCGGCAAGAUGCUAAGAUGUUAAAGGAGACACUGUCCCCUGAUGCCAAGCCAGGGGAAUCUAUUUUGUCAGUGCUGGAAAGUAGAGAUGAGUUCCAACAACUCCUUAGCCCAGCUCUGUAGAGGCAGGGUGUGUGGCUCACACCCUUUGCUGUCCAAGGGAUGGACAGGUCCUUGGGACCAUCCCCACCUGAACUUCAUGUGGUUUUUGUUUUUGCUUGUUUUAGUGGAUGAGGAAACUGAGUCAUAGAGGGAUGUGAUGGCUUGUCCAAGAUCUCACAGUCCGAGCUUCCAAAACUCAGAUGCUGAGAUUCCAGGCUGUCUUCAUGGUAAUUUAAUGUAGAGAGCGGAACCCUGCAAACACUGUCUAAAUAGCAGCAGCAUGUUUCCUGGGAGAUGGGACUUUGAGUGAGGCCACUGAUCUCCCAUCCACAAAAGUCCAGAAUUCUACACACUGCAGAGUGGGGUACAUCUCAGUCCCCCAGAUCCAACCAGUCCCCACGAUAGCCCAGAGGUCACUCGGCUCAGUUGCAGCUGUAGCACUGUGAGCUGGCAUUCGUUGCCCUCUGGCACUUCUCUUCUGAGAGCCUCAGCCAUCUCCCUAGAUAGGUACCUGGAAGGCAGCGAGUUAGGCAGAGUACAGCUCAAAGUUGAAGGUCUUCAGGUUGGCCUGAUAGAUGGCUUGGGAGUAGCAUCCCGGCUUACACUCCUCAUCAAGGCCUUAGGGAGUGGGGUGUGUUAGAGACCAGCCUGGACGAUGCCCCAUCCCUGAGAAGGCAAAUCAGGGAUAGUUUAGGAUGGAGUCUUAGCUUCCCCUAUCUCCCUAAGCAUUUGACUAAGACUCUGAUAUCACCCCAUCUCGGGGCUUAUUUUUGUUUUUGCUAAAUGAGAUGAGCAGUAAUGUUAAGUUCAGAAGGCAGGCCUCUAACAGUCUCUGCAUACAGCAGGACCACAGGCUAGGGCGCCCAUGAGAGGCCAAAGGCUGUCACAGUCUCCUUCCACACUGAAGAGUGGAGGUCGGAGGACAGGUGGAGGGGUUGGCAAAUAUUUUCUGGAAAGAGCCGGAAAAUGAAUCUGCUAUAUUCUGCGGACCACAUUGAGUCUCUGUGACAUAUCCUUUGUUUUGUCUUGUUGUGUUUUAAAAACAUUUCAGAGCUGUCAAUGCCACCUUGAGCUCUAGGGUGGAAGAAACACCUUGUGACCCAUUUCAGGUGUUUGUCACCCCUGACACCCGAGGGACAGCUGAAGGCCUGGGACGGCCUCUCAUCCUCCUGGCUUGCCCUCUGGGCCCUGGAAACCUGAGCACAGGGUGAGGGCUGGCUUUGUUUUUCUCCUAAUGCGCAGGGAGAGAUGGGCGGGUGAAUUAUUCAGGUUACAAAUGAGACAGCUUUGGUGGAGCAGACACGAAAGCCCGCUUUCCUGGAGGUCGGAAGGCAGGUUCUGCAGGCUGCUGUGGAGCCUAGUGACGGAACGCUGGGAGAAAAGGGGGGCUCUCUCGUCCCUCCUUCCUGGACACUGUCAAGGUCUUGCUUCAGCACCCCCCCCCCACACACACACCAGCUGUGCCAUCCAUGUGAGCUGGGGUUGGAGUGGGAAGUGUGGAGGUGAUGCCCACAAACUCCUGAGAGCUACCAGCUUCCCGCAGCCCCCACCUGCCUUAGUGUCCUGAUUCUGUACCUCCCUUGGCCCCCAAUUCAUUGUGUAAAGUCCUCCAGGCCUUCCCUGCUCCUGACCUGGCCAUGAGGUUGAGUUUAUUUGGUAAACUCUGAGGUGUCUGUGUAUGACCAGGAGAGCACCCCAUAAGAAGGUCUGGCAAAGAAGAGAAACUGUUCUGCCUCCCCACCUCAAGCUCCCCAAAAUUCCGUAUCCAACCAAGUCCAAAUCUAUCUGUGUCUUGUAGCUAUCCAAAUAACAGUCUAGAAAUAAAUGAGUUUUCUCGGACCAUGAGGUUCCUGGAGUCAGUUUUCUCCCUCUUUGGUGAAGGCACUUCAGAGCCUCUGAAGUUCGCCGGAACCCCGAGACCCUCAGCUCCACAGGCCUUAGGGAAGUUGACAACUUUAAAUCACGUCACUGAUGACUGCUGGCCUCCUGGCAGUUUCAUUAAAGUCUGUGAGUGACAUUCUGGGUAAUAACCCCAGACAGCUCCACAGCACUGAGACUGCAGCUCCCUAAAACCACAGAAUUACAGCUGCGAGGUGUUUGAGAAGCCAGCUAGCCAACCCUUGCAUUUGCCAGCCGAGGAGAGAGUAGUUCAGGAAGGUUAAGUAAUUCGGUCACACGCAGUCACACAACAAGCUGAUGGCAUGCCCUGCCCAGCGAAGCAACACUGAGUUCUUCCCACCAUUAUGUAUCCCGUUUUGUACCCCGGAAUGGAUGGGGACUGAGAAGGAAGACAGGGUGAGAGUCCCACUCUAGAAUCACCCAAAGCUGGGAGGGCAAGCAAUAGAGGGGAGAGGAAAGGGUAGAGGAAUGGGAACAGGUAGAGGAAAUACACAGAGGGAGGAAGGGGGCAGGCUGAACAUCACCACUUCAGGACUUCAAACCUCAGAACAAAAUGGAACAAGACUGAUGUCGCCUGGAGAAGAACGGAUCUUGGUCUUUUCUGGAGGAGGCAGCAUGAAGCCCUGUCAGUCCUUGGCAAACUGGGCCUGGUGUUGCAUACCUACGACCCUAGCACUUAGGAAGCCGAAACAGGAGGAUGGGGAGGUAAAGGCCAG